CCCCGCCAUCCCUCCAUCGGUCCCGCCUCGGCAGGCCUAUAGGAGCCGGGCUUCGCCAUCAUGUGCGACUGUUUCCACCUGGCCUUCCCGAACUGGCACGCCGCCCCUUCAGGGACAGGAACUCGUCGCAGGCUGAGAGGACCAGAACUCCCCUCAGAGGACACUUCAGCAUGUGACGAGCCAUCACAUUUCAACGAGGAAGAGAGACCGCGCCCUCAAGGAUCGUCCCCUGUUGAAGAACAUCCAGAAAAUGAGAAAUACAGCGACAGUGACAAAGAGUGUGAGCAUGAGCCACACCAGAAGGGAGGGAGAGGAAAGAAGACUAAAAAGUCUGGCUUUGGGUGCGGAUUUGACCGGCGCUCAACACCAAAGAUGAGCAAACUGAAGGAAGCGUACAGCCCAGAGUCAGGAGUGAUAGUGAAAACCGCUAAUGAUGGCUGUGCAGAAGGUCUUGUCUAUGGCGGGGGAGGAAAAGAAGGAAUCUUCAUUAAGGAAGUAGUACCAGAGUCACCGGCCUAUAAAAAUCUACAAUUGAAAGAAGGUGAUCAGAUUCUGAGCGCCACCGUUUAUUUUGACAAUGUGUCAUAUCAGGACGCCAUUCAGAUAAUGGAACAUGCUCAAGGUUACAAAAUGAAGCUCUGCUUAAAGAGGAAACCAGACAUCACAGACACUGAACCCACGGCUGAAUGUGACAUCAUCCCUGAGGAUGAAACCUUUACUCCAGAGAUGAGAGAGCAUGGGAAAACCAAAAGGCGAGGUGAUGCACGCAUUUCUUGGCCCAAAUUUCCUUCUUUAAGGAGAGGACGAAAAUCCCGCUUUGCAAGAUCUCACAGUUCGUCAGAGGCUGACGAGCAGAGAAAGUUGGAGUUGAGUCCCACAACAAGCGACACGGAGUCCCCAAUAAAAUCUCAGGAGGCCCUUAAAGGCAAAAAACGGCAUAAGAUGAAGCUUCCAACUCUAACGAAGAGAGGUCGCAUUAGUUCAUCAGAAGAGCAGGACACGGAUGCACCAACAGUAACUGAAAGUCACCAAACACAAGAUGCUGUGAAACUGGUUUCACCGGAAAGCCUUCAAAGCCCUUUGGGAGGAAGACCUGAAGUCCAUGGGACAGAGGACUUGACUCUGAUAGAAGACUGCGAAAAACGAAAAUUGUCUAAACCACAAACUGUUCAACACAAGGUGGAGCUCUCUGCUAUAGACAGCACUUUGAAAACAACAGAUAUAAUGAUGGCUCUGGCAGGCCAAGAGAGCCCCUCUGGACCCCUGUCUCCGGACGGUAAGAAGAAAAAGAAAGGAAGGUCAGAAUUUAAAACAAAAAUGUUAGGGAAGGACAAAUCACAAAAGAAGGAGACAAAAGCAAAAUCACCCAAAAGGCUAAAAACACUUGGUGCAAGUUUAGAAAGACCAGAUCAAGCCAUUGUUAAGGGGGAAAUGCCAGAUGAAGUGGCCAAUAUUCAAAUAAUUACCAGUGAGAGGAUUGAAGAAACAUCACCUCUCAAAAUCAAAGGAAAAACUAAAAUAAGAACAGUCCUUCCGAAGCGUGAAGACAUUGAGAUUCCCGGUAUGGAGGCUGUGUUGAUAAGGACCAAAGCCAAAGGACCUCAUGAAGAGACACCAGAAAUUGUCCAACUGUCAAUUGAUGUGGACAGAGUAAAAGAGGCAGUUUCAAAGUUACCUGGAUAUAAACUGCCAAAGGUUGAUAUGUGUGGAGUACCUAUCCCUGAAGAAAUUACUGUCAUUGAUGCAAACGCACAAAGAAUAUCAGUAAAAACCCCCACAAAAGUUGCUGACAGCAAAACAAAACAGGACACACCCAUCAGUAAGUUGGAGGUCACUGCUUCUCAAGAAUUAUCCACAGAUUCAUACACACUACCAAAGACCAAACUGGGUGAUUUAACAUCGGAAGAAGUCCUAAGUGUGACAACGGUGGACCAAAGCGACACACAAAGCUCAAAAGAUUCUGAGAAGAAAACAAAGACAGCAAAGAUAGUAUUGCCAAGCAUUGGGUUUUCAAAGUCAGACUUUAGAAUUCCUGAAAUUGGAAUGUAUUUGCCAAAACCAAAUAUUUCUGGCCAAAAUGGUGACGAGGUUAAAGAUGAAAAAACUGUAUUCCUACCAGAAAAGUUGUUCAAAACUGCGGUAAGUGAAGACAGCAUACUGAGUUGGGAGACCAAAGCAGAUGUCAAAAAGCAAGAAGCUGACACCCCUGCUGCAGAACUUUCAAGUGAACUUGGAGACACUGAUGUUGAUAUUCCUAUUCUAGAAGGAAGUUUGGAGAUCACUCAACCACAAAUGGAGUUUCACCCGCCAGAAGUUGAUGUCAAAAUAAGUGGCCAGGAGAGCAAGUUUAAAAUGCCAAAGUUUGGUAUCUCUAUGCCAAAAAUAAAAAGUCCUGACAUUGAUAUAAGUUUGUCAAAGAAAGACAAAGAUAUUACAUUCCCAGAAGCUGAAGUCGCCGACAUUGACAUUAAACUACCAUCAGCCAAAGUUGAUAUUGAAGCAACUAAUAUUGAAGUUCAACCAGGUGAUGUUGAAGGAUCUCCAUCAAAAUUCAAACUGCCAACGAUCAAAUUACCCAAAUUGUCAUUUGGAAAGCAAAGUAGCAAGGAAUCUGACGUUGACGUUGGUCUCCCAGAUGUUGAUGUUUCUAUUCCAGAAGGAAGUUUGGAGAUCACGAAACCACAAGUGGAGUUUCACCCACCAGAAGUUGAUGUCAAAAUAGGUGGCCAGGAGAGCAAGUUUAAAAUGCCAAAGUUCGGUAUAUCUAUGCCAAAAAUAAAAAGUCCUGACAUUGAUAUAAGUUUGUCAAAGAAAGAUAGAGAUAUUACAUUCCCAGAAGUUAAAGUUGACCUAAGAGGUACGGAAAUUGAACUACCAUCAGCUAAAGUGGAUAUUGAAGCGCCUGAGAUUUAUGCUCCUGAAGUGGAAAUCAAAGCUCCUAAGAUUGAAGUUCAACCAGGGGAUGUUGAAGUAUCUCCAUCAAAAUUUAAACUGCCAACAAUGAAAUUACCAAAAUUCUCAUUUAGAAAGCAAAGUAGCCAAGAGUCAGACGUUGAGGUUGGUGCCCCAGAUGUUGAUAUUCCUAUUCUAGAAGGAAGUUUGGAGAUCACUCAACCCCAAAUGGAGUUUCGCCCACCAGAAGUUGAUGUCAAAAUAAGUGGCCAGGAGAGCAAGUUUAAAAUGCCAAAGUUCGGUAUCUCUAUGCCAAAAAUAAAAAGUCCUGACAUUGAUAUAAGUUUGUCAAAGAAAGACAGAGAUAUUACAUUCCCAGAAGCUGAAGUUGCCGAUAUUGACAUUAAACUACCAUCAGCUAAAGUUGAUAUUGAAGCGACUGAUGUUGAAGUUCAACCAGGUGAUGUUGAAGGAUCUCCAUCAAAAUUCAAACUGCCAACGAUGAAAUUACCCAAAUUGUCAUUUGGAAAGCAAAGUAGCAAAGAGUUUGACGUUGACAUUGGUCUCCCAGAUGUUGAUGUUUCUAUUCCAGAAGGAAGUUUGGAGACCACGCAACCAAAUGUGGAGUUUCACCCACCAGGAGUUGAUGUCAAAAUAAGUGGCCAGGAGAGCAAGUUUAAAAUGCCAAAGUUUGGCAUUUCCAUGCCAAAAAUAAAAAGUCCUGAGAUUGAUAUAAGCUUAUCAACGAAAGAUGGAGACAUUACACUCCCAGAAGCUGAAGUUGAGCUCAGAGAUAUUGAAAUUAAACUACCAUCAGCUAAAGUCGAUAUUGAAGCGCCUGAGAUUGAUGUUCCUGAAGUGGAAGUUGAAACUCUUAAGACUGAAGUUAAACCAGGUGAUGUUGAAGGAUCUCCAUCAAAAUUCAAACUGCCAACAAUGAAGUUACCCAAAUUGUCAUUUGGAAAGCAAAGUAGCAAAGAGACAGACGUUGACGUUGGUCUCCCAGGAGUUGAUGUUUCUAUUCCAGAAGGAAGUUUGGAGAUCACGCAACCACAAGUGGAGUUUCACCCACCAAAAGUUGAUGUCAAAAUAAGUGGCCAGGAGAGCAAGUUUAAAAUGCCAAAGUUUGGCAUUUCCAUGCCAAAAAUAAAAAGUCCUGACAUUGAUAUAGGUUUAUCAAAGAAAUAUGGCGAUAUCAAACUCCCAGAAGCUAAAGUUGACCUAAGAGAUACAGAAAUUAAACUACCAUCAGCUAAAGUGGAAAUUGAAGCGCCUGAGAUUGACGUUCCUGAAGUGCAAAUUGAAGCUUCUAUGAUUGAAGUUCAACCAGGGGCUGUUGAAGUAUCUCCAUCAAAAUUCAAACUGCCAACAAUGAAAUUACCCAAAUUCUCAUUUAGAAAGCAAAGUAGCCAAGAGACAGACGUUGAGGUUGGUCUCCCAGAUGUUGAUGUUUCUAUUCCAGAAGGAAGUUUGGAGAUCACUCAACCACAAGUGGAGUUUCACCCACCAGAAGUUGAUGUCAAAAUAAGUGGCCAGGAGAGCAAGUUUAAAAUGCCAAGGUUUGGCAUUUCCAUGCCAAAAAUAAAAAGUCCUGACAUUGAUAUAAGUUUGUCAAAGAAGGAUAGAGAUAUUACAUUCCCAGAAGCUGAAGUCGCCGAUAUUGACAUUAAACUACCAUCAGCCAAAGUUGAUAUUGAAGCGACUAAUAUUGAAGUUAAACCAGGUGAUGUUGAAGGAUCUCCAUCAAAAUUCAAACUGCCAACGAUGAAAUUACCCAAAUUGUCAUUUGGAAAGCAAAGUACCAAAGAAUUUGAGGUUGACAUUGGUCUCCCAGAUGUUGAUGUUUCUAUUCCAGAAGGAAGUUUGGAGAUCACGCAACCACAAGUGGAGUUUCAGCCACCAGAAGUUGAUGUCAAAAUAAGUGGCCAGGAGAGCAAAUUUAAAAUGCCAAAGUUUGGCAUUUCCAUUCCAAAGAUAAAAAGUCCUGAUAUUGAUAUAAGUUUAUCAAAAAAAGAUGGCCAUAUCACAUUUCCAGAAGCUAAAGUUGACCUAAAAGAUACGGAAAUUGAAUUACCAUCAGCUAAAGUGGAUAUUGAAGCGCCUGAGAUUGACGUUCCUGAAGUGGAAAUUGAAGCUCCUAAGAUUGAAGUUCAACCAGGGGGUGUUGAAGUAUCUCCAUCAAAGUUCAAACUUCCAACAAUGAAAUUACCCAAAUUCUCAUUUAGAAAGCAAAGUAGCCAAGAGACAGACGUUGAUGUUGGUCUCCCAGAUGUUGAUGUUUCUAUUCCAGAAGGAAGUUUGGAGAUCACGCAACCAAAUGUGGAGUUUCACCCAACAGAAGUUGAUGUCAAAAUAGGUGACAAGGAGAGCAAGUUUAAAAUGCCAAAGUUUGGCAUUUCCAUUCCAAAAAUAAAAAGUCCUGACAUUGAUAUAAGUUUAUCAAAUAAAUAUGGCGAUAUCACACUCCCAGAAGCUAAAAUUGACCUAAGAGAUACAGAAAUUAAACUACCAUCAGCUAAAGUGGAAAUUGAAGCGCCUGAGAUUGACGUUCCUGAAGUGGAAAUUGAAGCUCCUAAGAUUGAAGUUCAACCAGGGGGUGUUGAAGUAUCUCCAUCAAAAUUCAAACUGCCAACAAUGAAAUUACCCAAAUUCUCAUUUAGAAAGCAAAGUAGCCAAGAGACAGACGUUGAGGUUGGUCUCCCAGAUGUUGAUGUUUCUAUUCCAGAAGGAAGUUUGGAGAUCACUCAACCACAAGUGGAGUUUCACCCACCAGAAGUUGAUGUCAAAAUAAGUGGCCAGGAGAGCAAGUUUAAAAUGCCAAAGUUUGGCAUUUCCAUGCCAAAAAUAAAAAGUCCUGACAUUGAUAUAAGUUUGUCAAAGAAGGAUAGAGAUAUAACAUUCCCAGAAGCUGAAGUCGCCGAUAUUGACAUUACACUACCAUCAGCCAAAGUUGAUAUUGAAACGACUAAUAUUGAAGUUGAACCAGGUGAUGUUGAAGGAUCUCCAUCAAAAUUCAAACUGCCAACGAUGAAAUUACCCAAAUUGUCAUUUGGAAAGCAAAGUAGCAAAGAAUUUGACGUUGACAUUGGUCUCCCAGAUGUUGAUGUUUCUAUUCCAGAAGGAAGUUUGGAGAUCACACAACCGCAAGUGGAGUUUCAGCCACCAGAAGUUGAUGUCAAAAUAAGUGGCCAGGAGAGCAAAUUUAAAAUGCCAAAGUUUGGCAUUUCCAUUCCAAAGAUAAAAAGUCCUGAUAUUGAUAUAAGUUUAUCAAAAAAAGAUGGCCAUAUCACAUUUCCAGAAGCUAAAGUUGACCUAAGAGAUACGGAAAUUGAAUUACCAUCAGCUAAAGUGGAUAUUGAAGCGCCUGAGAUUGACGUUCCUGAAGUGGAAAUUGUAGCUCCUAAGAUUGAAGUUCAACCAGGGGGUGUUGAAGUAUCUCCAUCAAAAUUUAAACUGCCAACAAUGAAAUUUCCCAAAUUUUCAUUUAGAAAGCAAAGUAGCCAAGAGACAGACGUUGAGGUUGGUCUCCCAGAUGUUGAUGUUUCUAUUCCAGAAGGAAGUUUGGAGAUCACUCAACCACAAGUGGAGUUUCACCCACCAGAAGUUGAUGUCAAAAUAAGUGGCCAGGAGAGCAAGUUUAAAAUGCCAAAGUUUGGCAUUUCCAUUCCAAAGAUAAAAAGUCCUGAUAUUGAUAUAAGUUUAUCAAAGAAAGAUGGCGAUAUCACAUUCCCAGAAGCUAAAGUUGACCUAAGAGAUACAGAAAUUAAACUACCAUCAGCUAAAGUGGAAAUUGAAGCGCCUGAGAUUGACGUCCCUGAAGUGGAAAUUGAAGCUCCUAAGAUUGAAGUUCAACCAGGAGGUGUUGAAGUAUCUCCUUCAAAAUUCAAACUGCCAACAAUGAAAUUACCCAAAUUUUCAUUUAGAAAGCAAAGUAGCCAAGAGACAGACGUUGAGGUUGGUCUCCCAGAUGUUGAUGUUUCUAUUCCAGAAGGAAGUUUGGAGAUCACACAACCACAAGUGGAGUUUCAGCCACCAGAAGUUGAUGUCAAAAUAAGUGGCCAGGAGAGCAAAUUUAAAAUGCCAAAGUUUGGCAUUUCCAUUCCAAAGAUAAAAAGUCCUGAUAUUGAUAUAAGUUUAUCAAAAAAAGAUGGCCAUAUCACAUUUCCAGAAGCUAAAGUUGACCUAAGAGAUACGGAAAUUGAAUUACCAUCAGCUAAAGUGGAUAUUGAAGCGCCUGAGAUUGACGUUCCUGAAGUGGAAAUUGAAGCUCCUAAGAUUGAAGUUCAACCAGGGGGUGUUGAAGUAUCUCCAUCAAAAUUUAAACUGCCAACAAUGAAAUUUCCCAAAUUUUCGUUUAGAAAGCAAAGUAGCCAAGAGACAGACGUUGAGGUUGGUCUCCCAGAUGUUGAUGUUUCUAUUCCAGAAGGAAGUUUGGAGAUCACUCAACCACAAGUGGAGUUUCACCCACCAGAAGUUGAUGUCAAAAUAAGUGGCCAGGAGAGCAAGUUUAAAAUGCCAAAGUUUGGCAUUUCCAUUCCAAAGAUAAAAAGUCCUGAUAUUGAUAUAAGUUUAUCAAAGAAAGAUGGCCAUAUCACAUUCCCAGAAGCUAAAGUUGACCUAAGAGACACGGAAAUUGAAUUACCAUCAGCUAAAGUGGAUAUUGAAGUGCCUGAGAUUGACGUUCCUGAAAUGGAAAUUGAAGCUCCUAAGAUUGAAGUUCAACCAGGGGGUGUUGAAGUUUCUCCAUCAAAAUUCAAACUGCCAACAAUGAAAUUACCCAAAUUCUCAUUUAGAAAGCAAAGUAGCCAAGAGACAGACGUUGAGGUUGGUCUCCCAGAUGUUGAUGUUUCUAUUCCGGGAGGAAGUUUGGAGAUCACGCAACCAAAUGUGGAGUUUCACCCACCAGAAGUUGAUGUCAAAAUAGGUGAACAGGAGAGCAAGUUUAAAAUGCCAAAGUUUGGCAUUUCCAUGCCAAAAAUAAAAAGUCCUGACAUUGACAUAAGUUUAUCAAAGAAAUAUGGCGAUAUCACACUCCCAGAAGCUAAAGUUGACCUAAGAGAUAAAGAAAUUAAACUACCAUCAGCUAAAGUGGAAAUUGAAGCGCCUGAGAUUGACCUCCCUGAAGUGGAAAUUGAAGCUCCUAAGAUUGAAGUUCAACCAGCGGGUGUUGAAGUAUCUCCAUCAAAAUUCAAACUGCCAACAAUGAAAUUACCCAAAUUCUCAUUUAGAAAGCAAAGUAGCCAAGAGACAGACGUUGAGGUUGGUCUCCCAGAUGUUGAUGUUUCUAUUCCAGAAGGAAGUUUGGAGAUCACUCAACCACAAGUGGAGUUUCACCCACCAGAAGUUGAUGUCAAAAUAAAUGGCCAGGAGAGCAAGUUUAAAAUGCCAAAGUUUGGCAUUUCCAUUCCAAAGAUAAAAAGUCCUGAUAUUGAUAUAAGUUUAUCAAAGAAAGAUGGCCAUAUCACAUUCCCAGAAGCUAAAGUUGACCUAAGAGACACGGAAAUUGAAUUACCAUCAGCUAAAGUGGAUAUUGAGGUGCCUGAGAUUGACGUUCCUGAAAUGGAAAUUGAAGCUCCUAAGAUUGAAUUUCAACCAGGGGGUGUUGAAGUUUCUCCAUCAAAAUUCAAACUGCCAACAAUGAAAUUACCCAAAUUCUCAUUUAGAAAGCAAAGUAGCCAAGAGACAGACGUUGAGGUUGGUCUCCCAGAUGUUGAUGUUUCUAUUCCGGAAGGAAGUUUGGAGAUCACGCAACCAAAUGUGGAGUUUCACCCACCAGAAGUUGAUGUCAAAAUAGGUGACCAGGAGAGCAAGUUUAAAAUGCCAAAGUUUGGCAUUUCCAUGCCAAAAAUAAAAAGUCCUGACAUUGAUAUAGGUUUAUCAAAGAAAUAUGGCGAUAUCACACUCCCAGAAGCUAAAGUUGGCCUAAAAGAUACAGAAAUAAAACUACCAUCAGCUAAAGUGGAAAUUGAAGCGCCUGAGAUUGACGUUCCUGAAGUGGAAAUUGAAGCUCCUAAGAUUGAAGUUCAACCAGGGGGUGUUGAAGUAUCUCCAUCAAAAUUCAAACUGCCAACAAUGAAAUUACCCAAAUUUUCAUUUAGAAAGCAAAGUAGCCAAGAGACAGACGUUGAGGUUGGUCUCCCAGAUGUUGAUGUUUCUAUUCCAGAAGGAAGUUUGGAGAUCACUCAACCACAAGUGGAGUUUCACCCACCAGAAGUUGAUGUCAAAAUAAGUGGCCAGGAGAGCAAGUUUAAAAUGCCAAAGUUUGGCAUUUCCAUUCCAAAGAUAAAAAGUCCUGAUAUUGAUAUAAGUUUAUCAAAGAAAGAUGGCCAUAUCACCUUCCCAGAAGCUAAAGUUGACCUAAGAGAUACGGAAAUUGAAUUACCAUCAGCUAAAGUGGAUAUUGAAGCACCUGAGAUUGACGUUCCUGAAAUGGAAAUUGAAGCUCCUAAGAUUGAAGUUCAACCAGGGGGUGUUGAAGUUUCUCCAUCAAAAUUCAAACUGCCAACAAUGAAAUUACCCAAAUUCUCAUUUAGAAAGCAAAGUAGCCAAGAGACAGACGUUGAGGUUGGUCUCCCAGAUGUUGAUGUUUCUAUUCCAGAAGGAAGUUUGGAGAUCACUCAACCACAAGUGGAGUUUCACCCACCAGAAGUUGAUGUCAAAAUAAGUGGCCAGGAGAGCAAGUUUAAAAUGCCAAACUUUGGCAUUUCCAUGCCAAAAAUAAAAAGUCCUGACAUUGAUAUAAGUUUGUCAAAGAAGGAUAGAGAUAUUACAUUCCCAGAAGCUGAAGUCGCCGAUAUUGACAUUAAACUACCAUCAGCCAAAGUUGAUAUUGAAGCGAAUAAUAUUGAAGUUAAACCAGUUGAUGUUGAAGGAUCUCCAUCAAAAUUCAAACUGCCAACGAUGAAAUUACCCAAAUUGUCAUUUGGAAAGCAAAGUAGCAAAGAAUUUGACAUUGACAUUGGUCUCCCAGAUGUUGAUGUUUCUAUUCCAGAAGGAAGUUUGGAGAUCACACAACCACAAGUUGAGUUUCAGCCACCAGAAGUUGAUGUCAAAAUAAGUGGCCAGGAGAGCAAAUUUAAAAUGCCAAAGUUUGGCAUUUCCAUUCCAAAAAUAAAAAGUCCUGACAUUGAUGUAAGUUUAUCAAAGAAAUAUGGCGAUAUCACACUCCCAGAAGCUAAAGUUGACCUAAGAGAUACAGAAAUUGAACUACCAUCAGCUAAAGUGGAAAUUGAAGCGCCUGAGAUUGAAGUUCCUGAAGUGGAAAUUGAAGCUCCUAAGAUUGAAGUUCAACCAGGGGGUGUUGAAGUAUCUCCAUCAAAGUUCAAACUGCCAACAAUGAAAUUACCCAAAUUUUCAUUUAGAAAGCAAAGUAGCCAAGAGACAGACAUUGAGGUUGGUCACCCAGAUAUUGAUGUUUCUAUUCCAGAAGGAAGUUUGGAGAUCACGCAACCACAAGUGGAGUUUCAACCACCAGAAGUUGAUGUCAAAAUAAGUGGCCAGGAGAGCAAAUUUAAAAUGCCAAAGUUUGGCAUUUCCAUUCCAAAGAUAAAAAGUCCUGAUAUUGAUAUAAGUUUAUCAAAGAAAUAUGGUGAUAUCACACUCCCAGAAGCUAAAGUUGACCUAAGAGAUACAGAAAUUAAACUACCAUCAGCUAAAGUGGAAAUUGAAGCGCCUGAGAUUGACGUUCCUGAAGUGGAAAUUGAAGCUCCUAAGAUUGAAGUUCAACCAGGGGGUGUUGAAGUAUCUCCUUCAAAAUUCAAACUGCCAACCAUUAAAUUACCCAAAUUCUCAUUUAGAAAGCAAAGUAGCCAAGAGACAGACGUUGAGGUUGGUCUCCCAGAUGUUGAUGUUUCUAUUCCAGAAGGAAGUUUGGAUAUCACGCAACCACAAGUGGAGUUUCACUCACCAGAAGCUGAUGUCAAAAUAAGUGGCCAGGAGAGCAAGUUUAAAAUGCCAAAAUUUGGCAUUGCCAUGCCAAAAAUAAAAAGUCCUGACAUUGAUAUAAGUUUGUCAAAGAAGGAUAGAGAUAUUACAUUCCCAGAAACUGAAGUCGCCGAUAUUGACAUUAAACUACCAUCAGCCAAAGUUGAUAUUGAAGCGACUAAUAUUGAAAUUAAACCAGGUGAUGUUGAAGGAUCUCCAUUAAAAUUCAAACUGCCAACGAUGAAAUUACCCAAAUUGUCAUUUGGAAAGCAAAGUAGCAAAGAAUUCGACGUUGACGUUGAUCUCCCAGAUGUUGAUGUUUCUAUUCCAGAAGGAAGUUUGGAGAUCACGCAACCACAAGUGGAGUUUCAGCCACCAGAAGUUGAUGUCAAAAUAAGUGGCCAGGAGAGCAAAUUUAAAAUGCCAAAGUUUGGUAUUUCCAUUCCAAAGAUAAAAAGUCCUGACAUGGAUAUAAGUUUAUCAAAGAAAGAUGGCGAUAUCACACUCCCGGGAGCUAAAGUUGACCUUAGAGAUACGGAAAUUAAAUUACCAUCGGCUAAAGUGGAUAUUGAAGCGCCUGAGAUUGACGUUCCUGAAGUGGAAAUUGAAGCUCCUAAGAUUGAAGUUCAGCCAGUUGAUGUUAAAGUAUCUCCAUCAAAAUUUAAACUUCCAACAAUGAAAUUACCCAAAUUGUCAUUUGGAAAGCAAAGUAGCAAAGAGUUUGACGUUGACGUUGGUCUCCCAGAUGUUGAUGUUUGUAUUCCAGAAGGAAGUUUGGAGAUCACGCAACCACAAGUAGAGUUUCACCCAACAGAAGUUGAUGUCAAAAUAAGUGGCCAGGAGAGCAAAUUUAAAAUGCCAAAGUUUGGCAUUUCCAUUCCAAAGAUAAAAAGUCCUGAUAUUGAUAUAAGUUUAUCAAAGAAAGAUGGCCAUAUCACAUUCCCAGAAGGUAAAGUUGACCUAAGAGAUACGGAAAUUGAAUUACCAUCAGCUAAAGUGGAAAUUGAAGCGCCUGAGAUUGACGUUCCUGAAGUGGAAAUUGAAGCUCCUAAGAUUGAAGUUCAACCAGGGGGUGUUGAAGUAUCUCCAUCAAAAUUUAAACUUCCAACAAUGAAAUUACCCAAAUUGUCAUUUAGAAAGCAAAGUAGCAAAGAGUUUGACGUUGACGUUGAUCUCCCAGGUGUUGAUAUUUGUAUUCCAAAAGGAAGUUUGGAGAUCACGCAACCAAAUGUGGAGUUUCACACACCAGAAGUUGAUGUCAAAAUAGGUGACCAGGAGAGCAAGUUUAAAAUGCCAAAGUUUGGCAUUUCCAUUCCAAAAAUAAAAAGUCCUGACACUGAUAUAAGUUUAUCAAAGAAAGAUGGCCAUAUCACAUUCCCAGAAGGUAAAGUUGACCUAAGAGAUACGGAAAUUGAAUUACCAUCAGCUAAAGUGGAAAUUGAAGCGCCUGAGUUUGACGUUCCUGAAGUGGAAAUUGAAGCUCCUAAGAUUGAAGUUCAACCAGGGGGUGUUAAAGUAUCUCCAUCAAAAUUCAAACUGCCAACAAUGAAAUUACCCAAACUCUCAUUUAAAAAGCAAAGUAGCCAAGAGACAGACGUUGAGUUUGGUCUCCCAGAUGUUGAUGUUUCUAUUCCAGAAGGAAGUUUGGAGAUCACGCAACCAAAUGUGGAGUUUCACCCACCAGAAGUUGAUGUCAAAAUAAGUGGCCAGGAGAGCAAGUUUAAAAUGCCAAAGUUUGGCAUUUCCAUGCCAAAAAUAAAAAGUCCUGACAUUGAUAUAAGUUUGUCAAAGAAGGAUAGAGAUAUUACAUUCCCAGAAGCUGAAGUCGCCGAUAUUGACAUUAAACUGCCAUCAGCCAAAGUUGAUAUUGAAGCGACUAAUAUUGAAGUUCAACCAGGUGAUGUUGAAGGAUCUCCAUCAAAAUUCAAACUGCCAACGAUGAAAUUACCCAAAUUGUCAUUUGGAAAGCAAAGUAGCAAAGAAUUUGACGUUGACAUUGGUCUUCCAGAUGUUGAUGUUUCUGUUCCAGAAGGAAGUUUGGAGAUCACGCAACCACAAAUGGAGUUUCACCCACCAGAAGUUGAUGUCAAAAUACGUGGCCAGGAGAGCAAAUUUAAAAUGCCAAAGUUUGGUAUUUCCAUUCCAAAGAUAAAAAGUCCUGACACUGAUAUACGUUUAUCGAAGAAAGAUGGCGAUAUCACAUUCCCAGAAGGUAAAGUUGACCUAAGAGAUACGGAAAUUGAAUUACCAUCAGCUAAAGUGGAAAUUGAAGCGCCUGAGAUUGACGUUCCCGAAGUGGAAAUUGAAGCUCCUAAGAUUGAAGUUCAACCAGGUGAUGUUAAAGUAUCUCCAUCAAAAUUUAAACUUCCAACAAUGAAAUUACCAAAAUUGUCAUUUGGAAAGCAAAGUAGCAAAGACUUUGACGUUGACGUUGACGUUGGUCUCCCAGAUGUUGAUGUUUAUAUUCCAGAAGGAAGAUUGGAGAUCACGCAACCACAAGUAGAGUUUCACCCACCAGAAGUUGAUGUCAAAGUAGGUGGCCAGGAGAGCAAGUUUAAAAUGCCAAAGUUUGGCAUUUCCAUUCCAAAAAUAGAAAGUCCUGACAUGGAUAUAAGUUUAUCAAAGAAAGAUGGCGAUAUCACACUCCCAGGAGCUAAAGUUGACCUUAGAGAUACGGAAAUUAAAUUACCAUCAGCUAAAGUGGAUAUUGAAGCGCCUGAAAUUGACGUUCCUGAAGUGGAAAUUGAAGCUCCUAAGAUUGAAGUUCAGCCAGGUGAUGUUAAAGUAUCUCCAUCAAAAUUUAAACUUCCAACAAUGAAAUUACCCAAAUUGUCAUUUGGAAAGCGAAGUAGCAAAGAGUUUGACGUUGACGUUGGUCUCCCAGAUGUUGAUGUUUGUAUUCCAGAAGGAAGUUUGGAGAUCACGCAACCACAAGUAGAGUUUCACCCACCAGAAGUUGAUGUCAAGGACAGCAAGUUUAAAAUGCCAAAGUUUGGCAUUUCCAUGCCAAAAAUAAAAAGUCCUGACAUUGAUAUAAGCUUAUCAACGAAAGAUGGAGAUAUCACACUCCCAGAAGCUGAAGUUGACCUCAGAGAUAUUGAAAUUAAACUACCAUCAGCUAAUGUGGGUAUUGAAACGCCAGAGAUUGAUAUUCCUGAAGUGGAAAUUGAAGCUCCUAAGAUUGAAGUUCAAUCAGGUGAUGUUGAAGGGUCUCCAUUAAAAUUCAAACCGUCAACGAUGAAAUUACCCAAAUUGUCGUUUGGAAAGCAAAUUAGCAAAGAGUCUGACGUUGAUGUUGCUCUCCCAGAUGUUGAUGGUUCUAUUCCAGAAGGAAGUUUGGAGAUCACGCAACCACAAGUGGAGUUUCACCCACCAAAAGUUGAUGUCAAAAUAGGUGGACAAGAUAGCAAGUUUAAAAUGCCAACGUUUGGCAUUUCCAUUACAAAAAUAAAAAGUCCUGACAUUGAUAUAAGCUUAUCAAAGAAAGAUGGAGAUAGCCCACUCCCAGAAGCUGAAUUUGACCUCAGUGAUAUUGAAAUUAAACAACCAUCACCUACAGUGGAAAUUGCAUCUCCUAAAGUUGACGUUCAAAUAAGUAAUGUUGAAGGCUCGUCAUCAAAAUUUAAAUUCCCAUCUUUUACAUUACCUAAAUUUGGAGGCUCGCCAUCAAAGAUUAGCGUUGAAGCACCUGGUUUGAGCAAAAACCUUGAAAUUGAUGUCAAACAUGUAGAAAUAUCUGAAGACGAUGCUACAGUCGUUGUUAUAGCACCCAGCACUGAUAUUGAAGGCCUGUCUACACGAGGGGAACCAGAAGGAUCCAGACACAAGUCGGAUGUUGAUGCUGUAAUUGAAUUAGAGGUCAAAUUAGACGCAUCUAAAGCCAGAGUAACGGAUUCUGAAAGUGUCAAAACUGAGAUUGAUGAUGUUAGCCCCACCUCUCCAAGUAAAUUCAAACUUCCAACAUUUAAAAUGCCAAAGAUGGCUUUUUCAAGACAAAAACCAGAAGGAGAAUGUGUUUCCAUAGACACAGAUGAUAAAGACAAUCAACUAGAGAUGAAAGCUGAACUGAAUGGGCACAGUAAAUCCCCACAAGCCACUCCAACACUACUUGGUGAUAUACUAAAGAAUUUUGAAGUUCAAUUUGAUGUUGCAAAAAUAGAAAAAAAGUAUGAGCAUCAAGUCGCAUCAAGGCAGGUUCAAGAAGAAGAAAAACUGCAAGGAAAGGAGGUCAAUAACAGCAAGCAACAAACUACAACAAGUCCUGAAAGGACAGGAUGGUUUAGAUUUCCAACAUUUGGGCUCUCCUCACCUGUGGAACCUGCCAAAACUCCUCAAAAAGAAGACCAGAAGGAUCAGAAGAGCCCAACAGGAGAACAUGAAGAAAUUAGCCUCACCUCUUCUGUCCUAUCGUCCGACGUCUUUGCUGAUAUCAGAUCAACGAUGACUAGUGAGCAUGUUGUCAUGUCCUCAUCAUCUCCAACCAAGGUCACAGUCAAAUAUUCUGAUCCCAACUUCUCUCCUGAUUUCAAAGAGAUGCACGAUAACAUCCUUACUUCCACCACAAGGUCAGAGCUGAUAAGGAUUGAGCCAAAUUUACCAGAGAAAAUCACCAUCUCGUCAUCUGAGUUCUCGUCUUCAUCUGAAGAAACAGUGAGACUGCCAUCGGGAAAAAUACACGUCUUUACCUCAAAUAUACAUGCAUCCCCAGAAGCACAGCGGACCAAGCUUCUUUCCACUGUCCAAACAGCCGGGGAGACCAGCCAGGCUUCUUCGUGGACUGUUGAGAGUUCUCAGAGUAGCACGAGAACUGUAUCACAGAAAAGAAUAAUUCGUGAAACGUCGCAUGAAAGCAAAGAGACGGUCGUUAUUACUAAACAAAUCACAAAAACAUUUGACCCUGAAGAGCUCUUCACUGACGAAACUGCUUCAUCCGUCCAGAGACUCAGAGACUCUGUUCACUCUGAGAAAAUUAGAUUUUUUGACGGUGUUGAGAAGUGAAAUACUUUCAUGAAAAGUGCAAGUGUGGAGCUGCCUAUAUAAAAUGUCCUGGGCCCAGUUACAAAUAAUAACAGAGAGAACAAUUGUGGAGAGAAUGUUUAAUUGAGGGCAGGUAUUAACUUUCACUGUAGCUGCAUGUUUUUUUUGUCUAGAAAAAGACAAGAGUAAUGUUGUCCACAAAGAAAAUGUGACACAACUGUUAAUAAGCUAUGUAUCUAAGUGUCUUAUGACAGUGCCUCCCCAAAUAUGCUUAAACGUGGUACAGAAUAUGUGUAAACGUUUAAGUAUCGCAGUUGUGUUCGAACAUUACGGGGUGUUAACCAAUGGUGCAUCAUUUUGGGAAGUUAAACAAUGGCAAAAAUGUAUGUUUAUGAUGACUUCUAAAAGAAGAUCAUAGAGACUACAACAGUGCAGUGUAUGGCAUCAAAAAUGUGUGUAUGUUUGUAUGUCUGCUGAGGUGUUCUUGUGGCUCCCGUUCAAUUGUAAAGGAAACAAUAUCAGAAAAAAGUUAUGAUGACAAAAAGUGUACCACUGUAACUAUAUUUUUUAUUAAUAGAUUUGCUUAAAGCCUAAUUUGCUACAGUAAACAUCUAUCAGCAGUACAUUCUCAUUCAAUGAUGACUAAGAUAGUGCCUGUGUAAAUAGCUUUUAAUGACCUCUGGAGCAUCGCCGCAUCAUUUGUAUCCAGACGAUUUCAUGUGCUUUAACGCCAAAUGUUUGCAAGACAUGCACAAUAAAGACACAAUAUAACAAGCCAAUCAAUGUCUGUAAUUGAUGACUUACCAGAGAUUUUUGAAUAUCCGAUAGGCUUUAAGGUC